AUGGCACGCCAGCGGGACGUUACGGUGCCCAGGGCCUGGCAGGAGCACUCCCGUCCGAAGCCGGAGAAGGUGCAUGGAGGUCCACCGUCCAAGUUUGCAUCCGACCGUAACCCUGUCACUGCCUUCUUGCGCGAAGCUGGCCUCAUCCAGUAUGCCAGGGUCUUGAACCAUCAUGGCUUCGACGACAUGGAAACCUUGCUUUGCAUGGAGGAUGAGCACAUGCGGGAGAUGGGCAUCGCGACCGGCCACAUCCUCAAGCUCAAGAGGCACCUGCGCGAGCAUGCGCUAAAGCGGUUCGGGCAGCGGGAGCCCGCCAGCCAGUCAAGUCAGAUCGCCGUACCCCGUUUUGGAGGCGGCGAGACGCAGGGCCAGGCUUACACUAGCGUGCAAUUGAGCUGGAUGAAGCUCAAGGACGAGAUUGGCUUGAGCACUGUGGGCGGCCUCUUCUACCAGAAGUUCUUCGCCUUGGAACCCGAGGCAAAGGAGCUGUUUCCUUUGAGCAUGCGCUUCCGCUACAUGGACUGGGACGCGAGCGAAGAGGAGGACCCGGAUGAUCCGACGCAUUCCCCAGCUUUAAAGAACCUAUGGGCCAAGUUCAUCUCAGUCGUGGGAAGUGCGGUGGCGGGUUUUCAAGACACUUGCCGGCUUGUCCCCAUGCUGCAGCAGUUGGGCAUCCGGCACGCUGGCUACGGCCUGAAGGAGGGCUACUUCCACCUUGCUGGCAAAAUUCUGGUGGAUUGCAUUGCGGAGGGACUUGGGAAAUCUUUCACCAAAGAAGUGGAGAAUGCCUGGGUCAUGGUUUCCGGCUUCAUGGUGGCGACAAUGCUGUCAGGUUUCAGCAGUGCGCAAAAGGACAUCCAGGAUGCGGAAGAACGCCUCCGGUUCAGCUUGCAUCCCUCGGACGCUGAGAGUACGGCCCUUGGCGAGACAGAGCUCGAAACGGAUUUGGACUCGCGACAGAUCACUCCUGAAGACUUGGACGUCUACCGUCAGUAG